AUGGACACUGCCGACAUUGACCAGGACCGCAAGGCCCGGGAACGUCUGAGGAAAGAAAAUGAGGAAAGGAAUGUGCCGGGCAAACGCCCUUAUCGAGUUGACCGCUGGAGGAUCGGCACCGACGCAAACGCUGAAGAAGAACCCCAGACUUCUUCCGCCAAGAAUAUGGGGCUGUCCAGAGAAGAAGACGAGUCGCCAUCGCAACAACUUAUCAUAGCAAGCCAGUCUAGCUCCAACUCAGGUGUAGUCAUCUCUGUUGACCAUCGUCUUCUUCACCUCAUUAGCUACAAUGUUUGCCGAGGCAUGAUGACCAACAAGAAAAUGAUGCGGCUGUUUGCAGAGUUCAUCGUAGCAUUCGACUUCCCAACACUUGAACCCCAGUCGAAGACAUAUUGCGACAUCGCAGUUGUUCGACCUAUCGAUCGAGAAUAUCUACCACUACCAACCCGCCUUGAGCCAACUCACAUCCAGAUGACCUCGCCACAUCCCUGCUGGAUCGACAUCUUCCCGUUUCCAGAGCUCAGAGAUAAUCUCAUUCGGAAGCAACUCGUAUAUGAUCACAUGCAGUUUUUGGAGGAUUUGGUCGGUGAUUUCGUGUACAUUUUACCUCCUGCGGUGCCGUCAGCAAGGUGCAUUGUACCGCCGUUCAAAACGCCAGAAGGAGGAAAUCAACGAAAGGAAAAUGCUGGAAUGAUCUUAUGGGGCGAGCCGCAUCUUAGUGAGAGCUGGGAAGUUACUCCAAGCUUCUUAGCAAAAUGGUCAUGGUUGAUUGGAGAGUGCAAGGAUCUUGUUCACGUUUCGAACAACUGGAGACAGAGUCGAGGGGACCAACCAUUGCGAUCGGUCCGUGUUCCUUGA